AUGAAGAAAGUCAACUUUGUGUCUGCUGAGGAGAUGGAACCAGUCCAAGAAGGGGAGGAUACACAAUUUGCUGAGGUGUGCUACAUGAGCAAUGGGCAAGGAGGUUACAACAAAGGAUACUAUAAUUACAAGUCCAACCCUGCCAUGUCAUACCGCAACACUGAUGUUGCUAACCCUCAGGACCAAGUCUAUCCUCAACAACAAGCAGCUCGAUCGAGUCAAGCCACAACAUGGCCUGCACCUUCACAAGAGAAUGAGCUCAAGGCAAUGCUAAAGCAACUACUUCAAGGGCAAGCUGAUGGGGUAGUGGACACAAGCAAGAAGCUAGCUGAAAUAAACUCCAAGAUCGAGAAUCUCAACACAAGGGUUUACUCUCUGGAGAAUCAUGCUUCUUCUGUUGCUGCUGCUACAAAGCAAGGACAACUACCUGGUAAAGCUAUUCAGAACCCCAAGGAACAGUGCAAGGUCAUCUUCACUCAAGAAGGACUUGUUGAAGAAGAGGAUCAAGAAAGGGUCAUUGAAGAUUUUUGUUUACUGCUGAAUGAUGAAGAGAUUGUUGCUGCUGAGGCUCCUGGAGUCCAGAUUGAUCAACCAGAAGUGCAGGCACCUACUGUGGCCAUUCACACUUCACCAGUUGAGCUCGCACAACAAGCUCGAUCGGCAGCUCGAUCGAGUCGAACUCUAGCUCGAUCGAGUCCGACCUCUUCUGUCCCAAACCAUUUUGCUUGA